AAGUAAUGACAGAUAGUAUAUAGCCGAGCAAGGUCGUCAUCUGUCAUACUUUAUAUAAAAUCUAGUCACCCGCACCUUCGAUUUGAAGGAAUAACAACUCGCCCUUCAUCAAUACUUGACCAAAUUUCCUCUUCACUAUGGGUAAUGCAUCGACUAAGGAGUCACAAGUUGCACCUCCUGCAUCGGGAACGGCGGAAAAACCGAAAUGCAAAGCCUGCUGCGCCUGCCCUGAAACCAAAAAAGCGCGUGAUCAAUGCAUUUUGGAAAAGGGAGAGCCCAACUGCGGCGAUCUGAUAGAGGCGCACAAAAAGUGCAUGCGUGACCAAGGUUUCAACGUUUAGCUGUGUAGCAGGAGCCAGUACUUAUGUGGAGUGUAAAUAACGCGAAAGUUAGAAUUAAAUAGGAUUAUUUUCGGCCUGGUUGCCCCAAAGUAUUCAAAUAAAAAUAAAUGUGAUUGGCCACCGAAAA